AGCCUGGGCAGGAAGGGCCACAGGGCUGGGGGUGUUCGCAGAGGUGACCCUUUCCAGCCAAUGCUGUAGGACAGAGCGGUCCCCGCGGCAGCGGCCGGCACACCCCCCGCCUUUGUUGCAGGUGAGGUGGUUUGGUCUGCGUAUGUGGUGCAGUGACAGCUGGACAGGUUCUGUCAGCAGGGAGUGUGCGGCCCGGGUGCGAGUGACAGCCAGCAGGAGCUGUCCUUUGCUCAAUGGCAGAAGACAAUGAGACAUCAGUAGCAAGUUCAUCUGUGUCUUCUCCAUUGGAUGAAAACUCCGCUCCCCGGCACAGCUACGUCUGCACUUUGACCCCUGAGCUGCUUCUCAAAGCCAGAGAAGAACUUCAAGAGAAGCCAGAAUGGAGACUACGUGAUGUCCAAGCUCUGAGGGACAUGGUAUGGAAGGACUACCCCAACUUAAGGACCCGCGUCGAUGAUUCAUUCCUUCUACGCUUCCUGAGAGCGAGAAAAUUUGAUUACGACCGGGCGCUGCAGCUCCUGGUGAAUUAUUACAGCUGCCGGAAAAGCUGGCCCGAGGUUUUUAACGACCUGAGGCCGUCGGCCGUCAAGCCCGUGCUGGACGCUGGGUUUUUAACCGUCCUUCCGCAGACAGAUAGAGAAGGCCGUCGCAUUGUUUGCGUUCGCCCUGGUCAGUGGAACCCCAGGGACUACCCAAUUACUGAGAAUAUCCGUGCCAUGUACCUCUCUUUGGAAAAAUUAAUCGAGUCCGAGGAAACUCAGGUUAAUGGGAUUGUAAUCCUUGCAGAUUAUAAUCAGGUUGGCUUGUCGCAAGCAUCUCAUUUUGGACCGUUUAUUGCCAAAAAAGUUAUUGGAAUUCUUCAGGAUGGUUUCCCCAUCAGGAUAAAGGCUGUCAAUGUAAUAAAUGAACCGAGAAUAUUUAAAGGUAUUUUUGCUAUCCUGAAGCCGUUUCUGAAGGAGAAAAUAGUAAAGAGGUUCUUCCUCCACGGCUCGGACUUAAACUCCCUCCAUGAAAAUAUACCAAAGGACAUUCUUCCAGAGCAGUACGGAGGAACCGCCGGAAAGCUGGACACGUCCGCGUGGAGCCAGAUGCUAUUAAACUCCGAAGAAGGCUUUGCAGAGAGCUUUUACAAAGGUGGCGAUCCGGUCGUAGGAUCCCUGCAAGGCUUCCCAGUAAACGAUGGGGAGUUUGAUGACUUUCAGUGUGAGGAGUCUGCACGAGGGGUUAAAUCCCAGCUGUAUUGUUACUGAAUAGUAUCCCAUCUCAGUAGGUGUUUGUAUAUAAUAUAUAUAUCACACACAC